GAUUCUUUGUGUUGUUGGUGAUGACAUGAAAAUAUUUGUUGUUACUGGAAGGCGAGAGGAAAGAGUGGAAGGGAGGGCCGGUGACUACAGAGUUUUUUCGGCAAUUAGAAAAUAAAUAAUAGCGUUUGUUGUUUACUUUUUAACGUCAAAUCUUUACGGUGGCAUUAACAGCGGCGAUGUCGGUAAAUAUGGACGAACUCAGGCAUCAAGUAAUGAUCAACCAGUUUGUUUUGACUGCUGGUUGUGCCGCUGACCAAGCUAAGCAGCUUCUCCAAGCAGCGCAUUGGCAGUUUGAGACGGCCUUGAGCUCCUUCUUCCAGGAGGCGAACAUCCCUGGUCACCAUCACCAGAUGAUGUGCACACCCAGAAACACACCUGCCACUCCACCCAACUUCCCCGACGCCAUCACCAUGUUCUCCAAGCUGCGCGCCUCCGACUGCUCCUCCACACCACAAGGGGGCGCUCCGAUGGCCUGUUCCCCGCCCCCCUCGCACGGCCACGCCCCCGCCGGGGGCUUCUUCUGGGCCUCUUCCCCCCCCGGGCCGGCCUGGCUGCCCCCCUCCUCCUCCUCCCCGCACACACACACGCACACGCACACACACACACACGCCCACCUCCACACACACCUCCAGCCCCCGCCGGCGACGACGUGGCCGCCCGUCAGCCAGACAGGCUCCGCCCAGGCCACGCCCAUCAUGUCAGCGCUGCAUGGCCAGAGAUGAGACGGACACGCCCCCCCCCUGGGGCGGGGUUAGGGGCGGGGCUACGUGUGAGGGCUUGUGGGAAGGAGAAGCCACUGGGUGACCUUUUUUUUUGGGGGGGUUGUUUGUGUUUGUGUUUGUGUUUUGUGUUUUUUCUUUUUCUUUUCUCUACAAUAAGGACGAGCGCUCGGCCGUGCGCCUCUUGCAGCUUGUUCCAUUUCACCUUCUGCAAAACUAAAACCAAAAAAAAAAGAUGAACAAUCUGUCUCUUUUUUUUUCUCUCUCUCUCUCUCUCUCUCUGAAGAGCGUGUGGUUUUACUCCCCUUUCUUCGAUUUUGUCUUUGCCUUCCCCCUCUCCAUCCCUCCCUCCAUCCAUCCCUCCAUCCAUCCCUCCAUCGUUGGCGAUCACCAGGGGAAAACCACUCGACCAGCAAAGACUGAGGAACUUUUAGAACUGGCCAAUCACAAACACCUCUGGAGCCAGGAGGAUUCUGGGACACGGCCCUCCGCCACGGAGCGCUCGGAGCGAUGAACACAACCAGCCUUGAGAGGCGGGCAGACACCUCACAUUUACAGCCCUGUGAUUGGCUGAGAUCUUUUUUUUUUUUUAAAUUCCCUCUUCAUUGUCUCCUAAGACUGUGUAGCAUCGUCACGGCAACCAACCCCAAUGGCAAUAAACAACGGUGAAUUAGA